AUGGGCUCAGAGAAGGCAUUUUGGUUGGUUGUCCCGGACCUCGAGGCUGAUGUCUUCCACGCCGACCUACAGCGUCUGCAAGACUCAUUCGGCCACUCCCACCACCAAAACACCACCCAUCACGCCUUUGACGGCUCGCCGCACACUCACUCCGCUCCGUCCCCCGUGCAUGGCCUCCCGCUCGCACGACCUCACCUCCCCUCCCAAGCCGAAUCUCCAAGACUGCCUGCCCGCCUUGGCGGCGUGGGCCCAGGUGCUGGCUUGAGUGCUGCCCCUCAUGGUCGACCAUCCGUCCCCGAGUUGCAGGCUUCUGCCCCGCCCCCGCCAAACGGCCAUGCCCGUGGCCAAUUCGGCAUCCUGACCCCGACUACCGUCCCGUCGCACGGUGCCGUCGUGCGGAUCCAGCAGGAAGAGGAGGACGAUGGAUAUGCCGCCGCCACGCAGGGCUCGGUGGAGGCUGCCGGUGGUGACGGGCCUGGACAGCAAGCUCGGUCGAAUAGCCAGCUGAGCACCAAGAUUGUGGUGAAUCCGCCAAACUUGCGAGACUGGCGCGAGAAGCUCUUCAACGUGGACGACAUGAUCAUCCUCAGCCAUGAGGAGUUUGAGACCUACUUCCCCCACAUCGACAACGUGUAUUCCCACCGGUCGACGCAAAAAUAUAAGAGAAAACCUUUCGUCUCCCACUACUGGGACUGUCGGAUGAAAGGCCGGCCGCCAGGUACCCCGAAAUCAGACGACCCGAACAAGAAGAAGAGGAAAAGGCACGCACGAGAGCGAGACCUCUGCGACGUCAAGAUCAAGAUCACAGAAUACUUCGCGGGUGCGACCUUGAACAUGCUGGAUAUGGGCUCUUCAGGGGAAGGCAUGCCGUCUUUGCCCCCCUCAACGUUCUCCAGCGCGGGGACUGAUGGGCAGCGUUUCUGGACGAUACAGCGAGUCAAUGGAAACGGCGGUAACGGAAAAGGAGAUGGCGUGGCUGGACCGCACAAGCACACACUGGAGAAGAGCGACGAGAUCAAGAAGAGCAGCGUGCAACGAUGGGUAGCAAGCCAGGAGAAGGAGGCAAAGAAGACCCAGAAGGCCUUCCAACGGAAGCCGACAGGCGCUGCUGGAGUGACAGCGAAGAAACACUUGAAGGACAGUGAUAUGAAGCUUUAUGCGGCCUGUUUCUGUCCGUUCUCGCAGCGAGUGUGGAUUGCCUUGGAGGCCAAAGGGUUGCCAUAUCAGUACUGUGAGAUCGACCCCUUUAAGAAACCACAACAGCUCCUAGAGGCAAACCCAAGAGGCCUGGUCCCAGCAAUCCGGAAGGGAGACUGGGCAUGCGGAGAGAGCGCCGUGAUUUUAGAGUAUCUGGAGGAUCUCGACAGUCGCAUACGGCUCUACCCGACUGAGCCCCGCCUAAAAGCCAAUUGCAGGUUGUGGAUCGACCAUAUUAAUUCAAGGAUCGUGCCAUCAUUCUACUAUCUUCUCCACGCGGGCGACCCAGAGAAGCAGAAUGAAGGCAUCGAGAAGCUCCAGUAUGAUAUAACUGCGCUGGUCCAAGCUGCAGAUGAGCAGGGCCCUUAUUUCCUUGGGCCAGGCUUGUGCCUUGUUGAUAUCCACUUCGCACCUUUUGCGAUCCGGCUCUCGAGCAUAUUGAAACCCUUGCGCGAGUGGACUGAUGCGGCACCAGGCACACGAUGGCAACAAUGGGUUGAUGCCCUAGAGAACAACCAUCAUGUGCAGGCAACUACGAGCAACAGGGAGCUGUAUAUUGAGACUAUGGAGCUGCUGCUAAAUAGCCGCCCGCCUGAGAAGCGUCGCAUGCGCUUCCCGUGCUGGUGGGAUCGCCAUCAGGAUCUGCGACAGUAUUUUAUGUUGGAUCCGAAUGAGGCGCCCAUCGUGCCUUUCCUGGAUGUUCGAGGAGAGGCCGGCCGAGGACCGGAUCAAAACGACGACGACGGAACGAUUACCGAGCGUGGCACCCCCGAGCCUGGCUCCACUACCACCGACUCUGAUCACGGCCCGAGCGACGACGAUGCGCCGGGUCCCGCAGUGGCUACGCCCGACCUGACGGCGGACAACUCGAGCCGCGCUCCCACCGACGAAGCUCCCACCCCCGCCGACACCGUGAUGGAUGAAUUCGUGAGCGAGAGCGACAGUGACUACACCAGCUACUGGCGCGACUGGUUCAUCUCCUCCCGAGGCAAUGAGUACUUCUGCGAGAUCGAUGAGGAUUAUCUCACCGACCGAUUCAACCUGACGGGACUGAACACGGAGGUGCAGUACUACCAGUACGCCCUGGACUUGGUUACCGAUGUCUUCGACCUUGACUGCGACGACGAGAUGCGCGAGACCAUCGAGAAGUCCGCCCGCCACCUGUACGGCCUUGUCCAUGCGCGCUACAUUGUCACCACGCGUGGCCUGGCUAAGAUGCUCGAGAAGUACAAGAAGGCCGACUUCGGAAAGUGCCCUCGCGUCAUGUGCAACUCCCAUCCCCUGCUGCCGAUGGGCCUCUCCGAUAUCCCCAACCUCAAGCCCGUGAAGCUGUACUGCGCGCGCUGCGAGGACACCUACAACCCCAAGUCGAGCCGCCACGCUACCAUCGAUGGCGCCUACUUCGGCACUUCCUUCCACAACAUCCUCUUCCAGGUCUACCCGGCGCUGAUCCCCGCCAAGUCCGCCGAGCGCUACACCCCGCGCGUCUACGGCUUCAAGGUCCACGCCCCCGCCGCGCUCAUCCGCUGGCAAAACGGCCAGCGCGACGAGAUGCGCCGCCGCCUCCGUAAGAUGGAGGUCGAGUCCGGCUUCAAGGACGACAACGUCGAGGACGAGCCUGAGGAGGAUGAGGAGGAUGAGGAGCUCGACUUUGAGGAGGGCGGCCAGACCGGCCUGGUGCAGCCGGGAGAUGUCAUGCAGUAG